AACACUGAGCACAGCGCUGUAGUGUCGGACGCCGGAGCAUGUGCUGUUCCUGCUGCAGUGAAGGAAAAUGUGUCAGUUAUCAUUGGAGAGUAUAAGGGAGGAGAGAGGGAGAGGGAGGUUAGCCGGGGCAAACACAAGACGAGAGGGAACCGAUGCGACGAUCUUCCUGUUUCGUCUCUUGUCCUCUGCAUGAUUACAAUGAACUGGCAGAGGGUCGAUCCCGCACUCGCUGCAGCCCUACAAUAAAACACGUAAAAACCCUAGAGUUCUAAACGGACCAAGCGGCCCAGUCACCAUGGCAACAGCAAUGACUCCCGAGCCCCUGACGCCACUGUCCCGGUGGUACCUGUAUGCCAUCCAUGGCUAUUUCUGUGAAGUAAUGUUCACAGCAGCGUGGGAGUUUGUGGUCAAUUGCAACUGGAAGUUCCCUGGUGUGACGAGCGUGUGGGCACUUUUUAUCUAUGGAACCUGCAUCCUAAUAGUUGAGCGCAUGUACCUGCACCUGCGUGAUCGUUGCAACGUCUUGCUGCGUUGCUUUAUAUACACCCUGUGGACAUACAUGUGGGAGUUCGGCACAGGGUUGCUGCUGCGGCAGUUCAACGCCUGCCCUUGGGACUACUCACAGUUCAAGUACAACUUCAUGGGCUUGAUCACGGCUGAAUACGCCGUGCCCUGGUUCUGUGCAUCAUUCAUUGUGGAGCGUCUGGUCAUUCGCAACACAUUGCGGCUGCGCUUUGACGAGUGGGCUGAGCCUGGCCAGGUUGGAGCAAGUGGAGGAGGACAAAGAGGAGGAGGAAGAAGAGGAAGAGGAGCCAGAGGAGUGGCCACCAAUGCCAAUGGCUAUGUGAAAGUGGACUGAGUGAGAGUUGUCAUUUUACCUCUCCAUCUUUAAAAAUGUAUUUGCUCAGUCUUUUCUUUCCUCCUGAAGAUGUUUCCAGCUUUCUCCUUUUCACCCAUAAUCUGGGAGAGAGUGAGAUAUUAAGAUUCAGGUGUGGAUCAUUGAAAAAAGUAAAAAAAAAAACAAGAAUACCGCAGCUACAAUAAGGUGCGUGGUUUUAGUGCCCCACAGAGGAGAACUGCAGUACCAAAUUUCUGAUAAGCCUCAUCCCCUAGCAUUACCCCAGGGAAAACACAGAGGUUUUUAUUGUAGAGUUUUUAUCAUAUACCCAUUCCUGUUCUGUCCCUCCCAAACCAGUCAGUCCACUUCAGAAACAGUGGGAGGAAUAAGGAGUACUUGUGGAAAAGUACACAAGACCAUUUUAUUAGGGAAAUUACAUAUUAUAAUACUGACAAAUAAACCAGAAAAUUGCAAAUGCUAAAAACAAACCCAAAAUUUUUAGCAUAUUAAAUUUAAGUGUGUAGUAGCACAAGCAAAUAACUGUUAGGAUAAAAAAUUUACUUGUUGAAUUUGUGUUAUUUAUUAAUAUUUAUCUAAUGGUAGUUAAGUAACUUAUUAUAGGCUUAUAGUAUGUUGUAUACUGUGCCCUAAAUUAAUGCAUUGAACUUGAAUCUAGUGUUUUUAUACUGAAGAAAAAAAAGAAUGCUUGAACAUGCAUGAGAAUAGUGUCUUCCAGAUUUUUUAAGAAGAGGCAAAUCUGAAAAUGUAUUCUGUAAAAAGAACUGUGUUUAUUUUUAACCUUAUGGAUUAAGACACAAAGGAGUACUGUACUGUAUUAACUUGUACUGCUGAUAGUUAGGAUUUAAAUAUGGAAUGUUUUAAAAUAUUGUGUGAAUAUCCUAAAGAGUGUUGAGAGAAAUGAGAAAAAAUGUGAUCAGCUGCUAUGUUCUUUCUUUCCUUGUCCAAGAUAUCCUGUAUUAAUCAGAAGUGACCAGGCCUUGUGCACUACAAUCCCUAAAAAUAAAAAACAGCUUUUGUAGGCUAUAGAACAAAAAGUCCAAACAUUAAAAAAAACGAGCAUAAAACGGGCUAAAACUAAUUUUUUUUAACGUAAACAACUCAAUGCAUGUUAAAUAAUGGAUGAUAAUCUCAUGUUUUAAAUAUCUGUUUUUAUCAUAUGAAAAUAGAUGAUCUUAUCUUUAAAUCCAGAAUAUCCCAUCUAAUUAAUAUAUAGUAAUAAUACAUUUUUUUAUUGAAAACACCAUUCAGCAUCGGAAAAAUACCUGAAGAUCUUUUUGAAGAUAAAACAAAAUAAAGUGUCAAUUAGCAGCCUGUGAGUAAUUAAGGAGUAUGUUACCUGGGAGACAGUGUAGACUGAUGAAAGUGAGUGAAUAUUGUCCUAUGGUUUGUUAACCAGGAAAACAUUUCUAACAUUAAAAUGAGAACACAUGAUCAUCUUUGGUGUCUUAUUUCACUGGGUUAUAAAUAUGAAAUGACACCAUGAAGUACCAGGAGAUUUUAAAUAAAAAAUCUGGCAGUCUCUGCCACAAAGUCACAA